UUCAGUUUAGUUCAUUCGAUUUUUUUUUGCAAGUCACAGCCGUUCUGUCAUCAUUUUGGAAAAUUUUCUUCUUUUGAUUUUUUCUUGAGCAAAAUUUCAAAUCUAAAAAAAUAAAACAAUGAUGAAUUCUUCAACUAACAUGGCUAAUUUACCAAUUAAUGAUCAUCAUCAAGGACCGAAACAGAAUCGAUUCUCACCAUAUACUGACAAUGGAGGUUCCUGUGUUGCUAUUGCUGGUAAAGAUUUUGCCAUAAUUGCAUCGGAUACACGUUUAUCCGAAGGAUAUACCAUCUAUACACGUGAUCAGCCGAAAGUUUUUCGAUUAACUGAUCAAACUGUACUUGGAUCUACUGGUUGUUGGUGUGAUGUUUUAACAUUUGUUCGUGUACUUCAAACUCGUAUCAAGUUGUAUUACAAUGAUCAUGGAAAAAUGAUGAACACACAAUCAAUUGCUCAAUUAGUAUCGAACAUGUUGUAUAGUAAACGUUUUUUUCCAUAUUAUGUAUCAAAUAUGGUUGUUGGACUUGAUGAAAAUGGUGCCGGUGCUAUUUAUGGUUAUGAUCCUGUUGGUAGUUUUGAUCGUGUACGAUUUUUAGCUACUGGUAGUUCAUCACCAUUAAUACAACCAUUAUUGGAUAAUCAAAUUGGUUUGAAUAAUCAAACCAAUAAAAAUGAUUCAGAUUUAUCAUUGGAAAAAGCAAGCCAAAUUAUUAAAGAUAGUUUUAUAUCGGCUGCUGAACGUGAUAUUUAUUGUGGUGAUUCUGCAUCCAUUCAUACAAUAACCAAAUCAAAAUCAAACGAUGGUUUUAUUGAUGAACGUUUUCAACUUCGAAAAGAUUAAGAAAAUUUGGGAAAAAUUUCUUUAUAAAAAAAGAAAAAAUAUUUGCAAAAUUCAAAACAAAAGAAACAUGAUUAAAUAAAUAAUUUUUUUUUCAUUUUA